AUGAGCCAGACGACCUUGAUCCUGGGCGUCCUCAGAGGGUCCGCCCCUGCCAACACACCAAACAAAAGUCGCUCCUUCUACACGGAACAGGUCGACGUGACCAUACCGCCGAAGACGCCGCUGAGAGUAGGCGCAAGGGUGAAAGUCUACACCAUCGAGGAGAUCAGCGACCCCUUCGGGCGAGCCCAGGACGAUGAAACUAGGAAAACAUACCAAGCUGAGCCGCUGGGUGUCGAGGGGAGGAUCACAGGCGUCAGGAUGAUGGAGCGAGAGGUCACUGAGUUCGUCGUCAGCAACGAGAACCCCCGCUCAGCGACGGCGCACGCAUACCUGACGAUCAAACACGAGCAAGGGAAGACGGUGAACUUCGAGCUCUGGAGACGGAUCCUCAGAUGGCUCAUGCUACCCAUGCUGGAGACAACGCGGUGGAUUCCGAUGGAGGACGGAGCGCUUGUCCUGGACAAAGCCAACCUCCCGAGCACGGCGGAGGAACGGAUCGGUUACGGAGACUCCUCAGGAGUAAGCUACAACGGCGGGAGAGAGGACGCCUAG